ACGAAGUUUUAAUUAAUGGUGAAAACCAGUGAUUUCAGGUCAUUGAUGACUUGCUCGAAUUAUUUAGUCGCACUUUGUUGCUCUCGAACGAUGGCGCGCCUCUGGCUCUUUCUCUCCAUAAUUUCAAUUUUUUUAACGGCGGUGAAUCCUGCCAUCGGGGAUAACCCAUCCUCCGGACGCCACUCGAAGGUCGAGGAGAAUAAGUGGAGGGAAUUUGAAAAAUUCAAAGAGUGGAAUAAAUUGAAGAACUGGGAGUGGAAAAAUCGUGAUGAUAGAGCUCUCGUGGACGAGAGGGAGGAAAGGGUUUCCAUGCCAUGGGCUCCUCCCAGGAGUGAGCGUCCUGCCGUGAUGGCCAGGUUCAUCGUCAAUCAAGCGAAUUGGAGCUCUGUAGCUACUAUCAGCACUCGAAAGGAUAUCCCGUCAUUUCCAUUCGCUGGUGUAAUUUCCGUGAGUGAUGGACCUGUUGGAAAUGGAUCGGGAAUUCCUUACAUGUAUCUCACGCCUCUGGAUUUCACGACAAAGGACCUCGAGGAAGAUUCCAGAGCGACAUUGAUGAUGACACUGGCCCAGGGCACCUGGUGCAAGCAGAAGCUCAUGGAUCCGAUGGACCCGCGUUGUGCCAGGGUGGGAUUGUCCGGGACAAUUACGAAAGUGUCGUCUGGGGAUUAUGACUACGAUAUCGCGAAAAAUGCGGUUUUUGGGAGACAUCCUUGGUUCUCCAGCCUUCCAAAAAAUCAUCAUUUCUUCUUCGCUAAAUUAAAUAUAUUGUCCAUCGCAAUGUUAGAUGCCUUCGGCGGGCCAAAGUACAUCCCUGUGGACGAGUAUUUGAACGCAACAUCUUUUCAAGACAAUCGACAAAUUAAAACGAAGUUAGUGCCUCGCCCAUUUGUAUCCCUAGUCUAAGUGAUCAAUCAUUAAAAUAAUCUUUGUCGACAGCACAUGUAUAUAUGCGCAACAAUUGUUAUUCAUUAAUGAAAAUGACUGGAUUUUUCAAUUGAUAAAAAACACAUCGUAUAAUUUUAA